AUGUCAGAAGGAAGGCAUGGUCUUGUGGUGGUGGAAACAGUCGUUGAUGGCACAGGAUUGGCUCGGAGCAAGCUGGUGAAGUACUUCAGCAGGCAGCUGUCCUGCAAGAAGAAGGUGGCCCUGCAGGAGCGCAAUGCUGAACUGGAUGGCUUCCCCCAGCUCCGCCACUGGUUCCGGAUCGUGGACGUGCGCAAGGAAGUCCUGGAGGAGAUCUCCCCUGACCAGCUGAGCCUGGAGGACCUCCUAGAGAUGACAGAUGAGCAGGUGUGCGAGACGGUAGAGAAGUAUGGAGCCAACCAGGAGGAGUGUGCCCGGCUCAACGCCUCCCUGUCCUGUCUCAGGAAUGUGCACACAUCAGGUGGGAAUCUCUCCAAACAAGACUGGAUCAUCCAGUGGCCCACCACGGAGCCAGGGCAGGACAGCAACCCUGUGUGCCCCCCGGAGUCCAGCCCGUGGAUCCGCACCCACCUCUCCCAGAGCCCCAGGGUCCAGUCCAAAUGUAUCCAGCCCUUUUGUCACGCCAGCCCUACGCCUGGGACUCCUGUGUACACCCACGUGGACAGACUCACCGUGGAUGCCUACCAGAGCUUGUGCCCGCCGCCACCCCUGGAAUCAGGCCACCGCUCACUGCCCCCCUCUCCCCGGCAGCGGCACGUAGUCCGCACCCCACCUCGCACCCCGAAUAUCGUCACCACCGUGACCCCUCCUGGCACACCACCCAUGAGGAGGAAAAACAAGCUGAAACCUCCAGGGACGCCACCACCCUCCUCUCGGAAACUUAUCCAUCUGAUUCCCGGCUUCACAGCGCUGCACAGGAGCAAAUCCCACGAGUUCCAGCUUGGGAAUCGUGUAGACGAGGCCAACACACCCAAAGCCAAGAAGAAGAGCAAACCCCUGAACCUCAAGAUCCACAGCGGCGUGGGCAGCUGCGAGAACAUCCCUGCCCAGCAGCGCUCCCCACUCCUGUCCGAGCGUUCCCUGCGGUCCUUCUUCGUGGGCCACGCGCCCUUUCUGCCCUCCACCCCACCCGUCCACACUGAGGCUAAUUUCUCUGCAAACACACUGUCUGUACCACGGUGGUCACCACAGAUCCCACGCAGAGACCUUGGCAACUCCAUCAAGCACAGGUUUUCCACCAAGUACUGGAUGUCUCAGACGUGCACUGUCUGCGGGAAAGGGAUGCUUUUUGGCCUCAAGUGUAAAAACUGCAAGUUAAAGUGCCAUAACAAAUGCACCAAAGAAGCCCCACCCUGUCAUCUCCUGAUCAUCCAUCGAGGAGAUCAAAAGCCUCUUCCUAAGACACUGGCUCGUGUAAUCGGCCAGAUGUUACAGUCUGAAGAGCUCAGGCCCCUCUGUAAGGGACGGACGCUCUACUCUGUGGUGAGGGACGCCAAGAUUGUCCUGGAUGUCAAUAAAACCAGGCAGAUCGCACAAGAAAUUGUGAAGGGCAUGGGCUACCUCCAUGCAAAGGGCAUCCUUCACAAGGACCUCAAAUCAAAGAAUGUCUUCUAUGACAACGGCAAAGUGGUCAUCACGGAUUUUGGGCUCUUCAGCAUUUCUGGGGUGCUACAGGCUGGCAGGCGAGAAAACAAGCUACGUAUCCAGAAUGGCUGGCUGUGCCACCUGGCCCCAGAGAUCAUUCGUCAGCUGUCCCCCGACACAGAAGAGGACAAGCUCCCCUUCUCCAAGCACUCGGAUGUCUUUGCUCUCGGCACCAUCUGGUAUGAGCUCCACGCCAGGGAGUGGCCCUUCAAGACUCAACCAGCAGAGGCAAUAAUUUGGCAGAUGGGCGCAGGCAUGAAACCCAACCUCAGCCAGAUUGGAAUGGGAAAAGAAAUCUCGGACAUUCUGCUCUUCUGCUGGGCCUUUGAGCAGGAAGAACGGCCCACUUUCACCAAGCUCAUGGACAUGCUAGAGAAACUGCCAAAGCGAAACCGCCGCCUGUCACACCCUGGACAUUUUUGGAAGUCUGCAGAGCUGUGACCGUGGACACGAGCCAGCAUCAGCUGACUCGGCCCCCAAACCAUCUCUUCCUCCCUGCUCUGCCCUCUGCCAGCUCAGGAGGCCCAGGCUUUCCACCAGGGGAGUCCCAACACAGCCCAGCCUGGGGGACCUGUGCAAUGACCCGGACACCGUGGAGGCUGACCACAUCUUGGACUUGUACCCCUUUACUCAGGCAGGAUCAGGGACCCCCUGAGCUAGGAUCAACUGGAUGAGUGAGGGUCCAGUGCACAGUAUAGAGAGCAGCAGACGGAACACAACAUGGCCAGGCUGUGGAGACCCAGACCUACAGCCCUGUGGGCAGACUCCCUCACAUGACCGGCGAGUGUGCACGUGUCUACGUGUGGACAGGACCUCCAGCUUUCUAACCACCUGGACAAGCCUGCCCACCUAUGGAGUGUCCCAGCUGUGCUAUCCCAGAACGUAGGACAGGGAUGGAACCAGGAACAACACACCUGCUCCGUUGAGUCAAGGUUCCCAGGCCAAGGUCAGAGUGGAAACGGUUAAGGCUAAGCUUGCAAACAUCUGUUUGUAGAGGCCCAUCCCAAGCUGGAAGUGACUGCUAGCCCCUGGGCACACAGCUCCGAAGGACACUAGGCAGUCCCGUGUGUCAUUUUACUAUGGGGGCCUCUCUGGGAAGAAGUCCCUUGGCUUCCCCCUUCAUCCUGUUUUGUAAGAACGUUGUUUUGACUCACCUCACAGCCCACCCUCCCCUGGGCAAAUUGGAGGUCACCAUAGCGUCUCAGCUGAUAUGGCAUCUGGGGGUCCUUUGUAGCUCACAUUCAUUCAUGGUACACACACACACACACACACACACACACACACACACACACACCCCGCCAAAGUCUGAGAGCUAAGAACUGGGGCUGUGGCAAGAGAGUUCUGGUACAUUCUCUCUUUAGCGCUGACCCUGCUGGAGUUGGUUCUCCCAUGGUGACGGAUACAGGUCCUGGGUAUGCAUGAUGGGUUAUGUGGGUAUGCGAGUAAUAUUUACAAGGGUCUCCCUGUCUCUCACCCACUGCGUUCCUUGUCAGGGGGUGCAAGGAGAGAACACAUGUGUGGAGGUUCCGUGGUCUCUGCUCUGGCCCAGUGCUGAGUCCUCUGAGUGGAUUCCCCACUCAGGACCCUAUGCCCCUCACACCACAUCCCCCAUGCCUUUCUUCUCUCCCCACCUGAGAGGGAAGGUUUUCUGGUCUGUGCUGAGCUACCCCACCCCCUUCCCUGCCACGGGAUCCUGCCUGAGGGAUGCCGAGAACGGAGGUAGAGAGAAUAAAUAGAAGGGAGUGCCCUGAGGUCACUGGUCCAUGUCCCCAAAGCCCUGUCCCCAGUGGUCACAAUUGACACAUGAAGAAAAGCUGUCCCCAAGCAGAGGUGGCAGGACAGAGACAUCCAACCAAUCAUACAGAAUUGUCCCCUUCUUUGGGGGCCCUGCUGGAUGCAUGUCCUGGGGCCAAGCCUGCUUGAUGUCCUGGGGCCAAGCCUGCUUGUAAAGCAGGAAGAUUGAUUGAUAGUGGUCACACUUUCAGAAAGACUUAUCCUACAACACCCUCAAAUCCCUUUGCAAAGCUCCCUCUGCCUGUGCUGGGGGGCCUGGGGCCCCCACACAAAGUUGUUCCCAUGGGAACAUCUCUCUUUCCUAGUAACACCUGUGUCUCCAUGGCUCAGCAUUCAUGCAUCUUGGAGACAUUUUACAUACGUGUGCUCACGUGCCAGGGCUCCAGUAUCGCUAAGGACCAUUCUUAUGAGUAGCUGCAUCCUCAUCUAACAAGGCUGCCUUCUGAACUCAUCCCUAUGGCCAGGGCUGGGCUGAGAUCUGCCCCCCCCCCCCAGCAACCUACUAAGAACCUAGAAUUUAGUUCCUCCUUUCUCUUUAAUCCCAUCAGGACCUCUUUGGUCCUCAGUCUUUAUCACCUGUCUUUGUAUCAAAAGAGGAAGUAAGAGAAGAGAGGGCCAGAGAGGGCUGAGCCACUGGGAACCUGACAUGUCACCAGGAACUGCUUCCCCUGUUUUCAGAUGAAUGACCCACUGGGUGCUGGAUAGGGAGAUUUCUCCACAGUUCUGGGUGCUUCAAGGGAGCCAGAGGAAGGGGUUUCUUUACAAAGAGUGACCGAUCACCCACCUCCCAGGGUUCUGGCCUGCUAUGAAUCUAGGGUCUAUGACUCUGUGAAGGAUCCACAGACUUGAAAAAAAAAGAGUGUGGUGGUGAGCCACCUAUAAUCCUAGCACUC